GGAGCUCUCAGUUUAAACUCAACUGCACACCUUUGCAGCAGGACAAUAUACACCAUUUAGAUCAAAAUCUCAACAGUUUACAGCAGCAAUGAAGAUAACACUGGCAACUCUGACUCUGUGCCUGGUGGUGCUCAUGGCCACAGGUUUCCCUCUGGAGAAGAAAGGGGGCUCAUCCUCCGGCAGUGCUGCCAAGGAGAAGCGUGUACAGUACGCGGCGUGGGACGAUGUGAAUGUCAUCGCUCACGGCCUGCUGCAGCUGGGCCAGGGGCUGAAGGAGCACGUGGACAAAACCAAAGUCCAGAUGAGGGACAUUUCCACCAAGCUGAAGGUCUUCAACCGCACGGUGACCGAGCUGGGGAAGGAAAGCCAGAAGCUGCGAGUGGAGGGGGAUGCCCUGAAGGCUCGAGCCCGUGGACUGGAGGACCGGGAGGGACAGCUGCUCAAUGUCACAGCCGAGCUGAGGGAGAAGGCGGAGGAGAUGCAGCACGAGAGGAAGGCGAUGAGCGAGAGGAUGAACCGGCUGGAGGAGAGGGUGGACAGCAUGCUGCAGGGAGACGCUGUGCUGCCUGACACCAACGCUGGAGCCAAGAACAGCAGUGAUGCUCGCAGCAUCCAGCUGAUGCUGGAGGCCCAGAACAAACGCAUUGACGACCUGAUGGAGCGGAUCAGACUCCAGCAGGAGAAGCUCGACAAGCAGAAUGUGCGCAUCAGGACCCUGCAGAGUCAGGUGCAACAAACACGACAGAGACCAUCCUCACGGAGCGGCAACACUGGCAUCGCCGAGCAGCACGACUCACCAGUCGAGAUGGCAUCAGACUGCCAUGAGCUGUUCCUGAGAGGAGAGAGCUUGAGCGGAGUCUACACCAUCCAGCCAAUAAACGCAGAGCCCUUUAAAGUGUUCUGUGAGAUGACAGCCGAUGGUGGAUGGACAGUGAUCCAAAGGCGCCAAGAUGGCUCAGUGGACUUUGACCAGCGUUGGCAGGCCUACGAGAAGGGCUUUGGCAGCUUGAAUGGAGAGUUCUGGUUGGGGUUAGAAAAGACCCACGCCAUUGCUAAAGAUGCUGGCUACAUCCUCAACAUCCAGCUCUCUGACUGGAGUGGUGAUGUAGCAUCUGUGCGCUUCCCCUUCCAGCUGGGCGGAGAGGAAACCAAGUACUCGCUUAAGAUUCAGAAGACAGACGCUUACAGCUCCUUGGAGAGCUCCCUGGGGACUGACGCCACCUCCGGUCUGCCUUUUUCCACCCAUGACCAAGACAAUGACCAGAAAAACGACACCAACUGCGCCAAGCACCUCUCUGGUGGCUGGUGGUUCAGUAACUGCGGUCGCUCCAACCUUAACGGUAGAUACUUCCAGACUCCUCCCCCAAAGCAGCGAGACCAGAGGAAGCAGAGCAUCUUCUGGAAGACCUGGAGGGGCCGCUACUAUCCUCUGAAGUCCAGCAUGAUGAUGAUCGCCCCUGCUGUGAUCGAGAACAAGUCAUAAAGAACAGAAAGAGACAUAAGGAAAAAAAAGUUGAGACAAAGA